AUGGAUUUUAGUCAUUUAGCAUUUGAAUUUCAAUGGGAACAAUGUUUUUCCUUAAUAGACAAGUGGAAAAACGCCAUGAUAGAUCGUAUUCUUCACAUUCAUCAAGAGAAAUCUACCGAAAUCGAAAUGUACAAAGAGCAAGCAGAAAAAAGUCGACUUCUCAAACAGACGAACUUAAUCUUAAAUAUGAACGAGUAUUUCCAACAUCCUUGUAUAUUAUCCAAUGAAAUCAACUCGUUUAAAACUCGUUUAAAUCAGCUAAAACAAAAUAUUGUCCACCGACCACUACCUUUAAACAUCGAAAUCGAUUCGACUUCUUUGAAAAAUUCCAUUUUAAUCCAUCCAAUUUUCGAUCAAUAUACUUUCAAACAAAGAAAGCUCCUUAUUGAACAUCAAAUCAACACACAAUCCAUACAUCUCAUCGCGACAUCGAAUGAUCAGAUUAUUCUUGUUAAUAAUCAGUCAAAGAUCUUCUGUUUUGACAAAACAAUUGGUUUUAUCACUGAAAUCAAUCUCUUAGAUUACACAGAUGAAUAUCUAAAUGAUAUAUGCUGGUCAUCGGCAUAUAAAAAUUUUCUUUUCCUUUGUGAAUAUUCGCUAUGGUCACUAGAAACGUUACAUUUGAAAAAACUUGCACAAAUAUCGAACAAAAAACAUUUUGUGAGCAAUUUAACAUCGUAUCGGAACCAGAUCUUUCUCGUUUACAAUCAAGGAGAAUUCAUCGAACGAUGGAACGUUCGACCCGCCUGGAAAUUAGAAAAACGCUGGAUAAAACAACACAAAAACGAUAUGUUUAUUUCAAUAAGCUCCAACCACCAACAUCUACUAUUUUACACCACUAAAUCCAUUCAAAUAUGCACAAAUGAGUUAAUCAUUCAAUAUACCAUUGAUUUAACCAACCAGGAACACAUUUACUCUAAUUUUAUAUUCUUAUCUCAAUAUCGAAUUUGGUUAACAAUUGAUAAGCACACGCAAACGCUCAAUUAUUUUCAUAUUCAUCGACGCACUAUUGAAACCUUUGAUCAGAUAGACAUCCGAGCAAUUAGUGCCAUGGGAGAUGAUUUAGCACUUAUCACUAAAGAUAAACGCCGCUUACAAAUAGUUUCAUUGGCAUAG